GCUAAAGCACCGGUAAAAACGCAGGGAAAGCUUUCUUGGUCACAGCAAAGACAGGCUCACCGGCCAAUCAAAUUCAACCCGGAAGUGACAGACGGAAAUUGCGUAUUUCCACUGCUGCACCAACGUGCUAACUGUAGAGGAGCCAAAGCGGAGCGCAGUCAUGUGGCCUCUAGUUUGGACAGCGGUACGGACCUAUGCCCCUUAUAUCACCUUUCCUGUGGCCUUCGUAGUGGGAGCAGUGGGCUACCACCUGGAGUGGUUUAUCAGGGGGACCCCUAAACCUCGAGAGCAAAAGGGCAUCCUGGAGCUGAGGGAGGAGAGGAAGCUGCAGGAACAAGAGGGUAUGGACAGCACCCAGGUGCUUAGCCUCAAGGACAAACUGGAGUUCACACCUAGAGCGGCUCUGAACAGGAACCGAUCUGAAAAGAGCUAACCCGUGUUGGUGUGCGAGACUUGUGUUUACCCCUCUCUCAGCAGGAAGACUGGUGGGCGAAGGGGGUGAAGCAAAGGGCCCAUUCUUCCCAUUUACCUCAGCCGUACCCACUCACUACUGCAUCAGUUGCCUGUGUAAACUGAUGCUGAUGUGUCUGCUACUCUAGAUGCCAUAGGGCAAUUAAAAAAAACCACAUUUUAUCGAGUCAAAGCUUUGACCUUCCCGUUGAUGUCGCACACACCUGAUAAUGUAUUGAUUCAUAACUAAAGGAAGACACUACAAUAAAACACCUUCGAUAUGAACCCUCUGGAUUUCCCAGCUUUGAACUGAUGACACGGUUUGAUGGGAAUUAGUUGUAUUUAUAUGUAGUUGUGAUACUGUGACACAACUGUUCUGGUGUCUCUGCUGUUAAAUCACACAAAUGAUGCAAAGAGUCGAAUCAAAAAGUGUUUCUCCCUUCUUUUUUUUUUAAUAUAUAAUUAGAUAUAGAAAUAGAAAGGGAAAGCGGAGGAAGAGGAGAGAGUCAGGUCUUUGUUGUUGCUUUCUUUUUAAUCUCAUGUAACCUUUGAUGGUAUGUCUCAAAAUAAGCCGACAGCGUGGGAGGCCUCGGGAAGUUUGCCCCGCUUUAGUCCUAUUGUUUGAAACAUCUACACAAUACUUUCAUUUUAGAAAGUCUGGACGGUUUGCACAUCUAAAGCUUUAAUUAUGUGUGUUGCUGGAAAACAUAAUCAAUAAAGAACACUUGUGUUUGUAUUCUGUAUAUUGUAAC